AUGUACCCUGACCCGCAGUUGCAAGGUCAAGCUCAAGCUCAAGCUCAGCAACAAGAUGUUCCCUCACAGCAAGAUCCAACUGGUAUCAACUGGGAUCAUCCAAUCUUCUCUCAGACUCAAAAUCAGGCACAAGCACAAGCACAAGCACAGGCACAGGCACAGGCACAGGCACAGGCACAUGCACGACAGCAACAGCAGCAGCAACACCAGAAUCCACAUCAAUCCCAGCAACGAAGUCCUCUACCUCCUCAAACCGACGCCAAUCAUAACAUAUACUCCUCUCUUCCUCAGUCAUGGCAACCAAAUCCCCUCCAACAACCCUCUGGGGGGUAUGCGGUUUCGUCGCAAUUCCAAACACAGCAACAAAUCCCUCCAUUCCAACAGGGUCAAUUGUCUUUUGACUCGCGAUCUCUGACACCUUCCGAGAGCUCAGCAUUUCCAUCGUACUCUUACCCUCAGAGCUAUUUCCACCAGCAGCAACUCCCCGCUCAAAACUCUUUUCCCGAGCGCCCGGCGCAGAACCAGCGACAAACUGAAUUUCAGAACAUUGCGCCUCGUCCCUCAAUCCCACAGUUUCCUCUCUCCACCUCCUACCAUGCCGACCUCCCCACGAUUGACCUGACCAACGACUUCCCACCCUCCGCCGAGCCCAGUGUCUCUCACCAAACAAUCAACCCCCAAUUUCUUAAUCCCGGCGCCCAGACUGCCAACCAACAUCAGCAGCACAUGUCCAACAACUUUCUUUAUGGAGUCCCGACAGGAGUCCCGUCAGAAUUUCCACAAGAUAACAGAAUGUUUGAUUAUUACCAAAAUAAUUUCUCAGUUCAACCUCAAGGCGUUCAACAAAGUGCGGGAAUGCCACAACUUGAGAGCGACCUCCAAAAGUCUUCGACCAAGAGCAAGCCGAAGUCCAAGAAAGCCUCUGCGAAACCGAAGAAGACACAGUCAGGAUCUGAAAGUGACUCGUCAGACUACGAGUCGGAUUUGGAGAUUGAACCUCCCGAUGAGCCGUCCCCUAUCCCGCCAGUGCGGCCGAAUGAUACUGUAAACGGGGCAAGAUACGAUACAAUGCAAGCCGUUUGGUCUCCACGGAACAAACGGCCAUCAACGGAUAAAAUAAAGAGUGCCCUUGUGGCUUUCACCAAGACUAUCAGGUCUAUUCGUGAUGCCUGGAGAGACCAGGUCCAAGCAAUGAAGUCGGCUGAAAACCAGGGUGACAAUGACAAAGCUGCGCGUCUCAAGAAAGAUGUGGCGCUUCAACGCCAACUAAUGGAUACUAUUGUGAAGACUGCCUUGGAUAUUGGUCACCCCAUGAUCGUCGAGAAGUAUGACCUCCCUCCACCAAUUCUUCAGAUUCACUUGAUUCCUUUCAUUUCCCUUGUUGCUCUUGUCUCCUUCGUUUGCACCUUGUUUCUGGCACGCGCUCUCCAUACACCUAGAAGUUCCAAGAAAAAUGAGCUUAUCACCCACGUAAUUUGUUUACUGUGGAGAUGGACCAAGUCAAAGUUUGAAAUUAUAUGGCUGCAAUUAAAGAGCGUCCUCAUUUUGGGUACCAUGGCAAUGCGUCUCGCUGGAGCUGGAGAUAUGGUGUCGAACAAUAUCCCGUGCCCCAAGAAGCCCAAUAAUGAGCAUUCUGAAUCAUUACUGGAGCGUUUUGUUAGUGUUGACGAAGAGUUGUUGCAAAAAACCAAUUUUACCAAAACCCUUCCAAAAUUUGUCAAAAGAGGUGGCUCUUCCAGCAAAGCUUUGGCCCAGAGGAUCUUGGACAAUGCGUCUGCAUCUACCAAGCGCAAACAGACUAAUGCAAAGUCGAGCAAAGAAGACUCGACAAGCAAAGGACUUCCCGGGGACUCGCCCUCUGAAAUUGGAGGCUCUAAGCGAGCGCGGGAAGGCGAAAAUACCGUUCAUCCUGCCACAAAGAAAAUGGUAGUGACUUCUCACCUCAAAGAUGCCAGCAAGUCUGCGCAAGGGUCUAAUGGAUCUAACAAGGCCGGCCCUAAUGGUAAAGUUGCAACACCAGCAGCUACUCGUCCGCGACCAGCUGUUGCUGCUCCCAAGCUCAGUAGUCUUUUCGGAACCUUGAGCUCUGCAUCGAAGAGGCCUGGAACUACAAAUGCCGAACGAGCUGCGGCCGCGGCCGCGGCCGCAAAGUCUAUAUCAAGCGCGGAAAAGAAAGAGAAACCAGCAGCCCCUCCUCCCAAGCCUGCAUUCUCUUUGAAUGACAUCAUGGCGGAUCUCAGCAAACCCAAGCAGGCGCCCGUGGCCAAGCCGGUGGAAGAAAGGCCCCCAGAAACCGAAGAGGAACGUGAGAAGCGGCUCAGGAAAGAAACCAGGCGGAAACUGCGAGUCACAUGGAAGCCUGAUGAUUCUCUCACCGAAGUCCGAUUGUUUACUCACGACCCUGACGAAGAGCUUGGACCAGGCGACAAUUCUCUGCGUGGUGUUGGUGAUGUCAAGGGCGAAGGAAGCGUGCUCAAACUCCACAAAGAUUUGGAGGAGCUAGAGGAGGAUGACUUGGGUGGCAUUCGUGAGAUAAGCCUUCACGAUUACACAAGUCUUACUGCGAUUGAUAUCGAUUUGGGUGACCUCAAGACCGCCAAUUUCAUCAAACGCGGCGGUGAAGCAUUACCUGAAAGUCCAGAGAAGGAGGCUCAGGAUCAACGAGAAGCAACCACUCUCAUGGCUUUCUACACCUCUCCCGCCGACAUCCCUCCAUCCCCCAAGGAGCCUCCCGCUUCCGAAACCAACUCUAAUGAUGAUGCCGCCCCCGAAUUGGUUGUCUUCGGAGAAGUGCCCGACCAUGUCAAGUCCCAACCCCCAACUCAGCAAGCUUCUGCGAUAGAUCUCGAGCGCACUAUCAACAUGUUCCGACAGCAACAAAACCAGCCAUCCGCAGCCCCGCCGCCUCAGAUCCCCGUAACCCAGCCACAAGCGACACCGGAGAUAGAUUUCCUGAAGAUUUUCAAUGUCAUGCAGCAAAUGCAGCAGGGAUCGGGAGGUUUUCCCCAGGCACAGCCUGGAAUGGCACCAAAUAUGGGCGCCAUGUUCGGCUCGCAAUUCGGCGGCCAGAAUCAGUCCGACUCACAUGGCCAAGGCUACGAAGACCCCGAACGUAAACGCAUACGCGAGACUAGUCAGCACGAGGAGUUCAGCCGACAGAAGCGGACUAGGGCUAGUGGCCCCCAGCCGUACAAGGCCGGUACAGUCCCCUGCAAAUUCUUCGCAGACGGCUUGUGCAGAAAGGGCGACAAUUGCACAUUCCGCCAUGAUGCCUAG